AAAUUCUCGUUCGUUAGACGAAUAGUUUUUGAAUACGAUUUAAACGAAAAACAUACAGAAUACUUAAUUCGAUUAUUAUUAUUAUUAUUAUUGUUUUAUUAACUUGUAAUGAAACAAAAGUAUCAUUAGUUUUAAAUUGUGUAGUGUUAAUUCUUGUUAAAUGUAUGAUACCAAAAACCUCGUAUCAAAAGAUAUUAAAACUAAACUUUCAUAUUUAGGUUCUAUUAGCAAUAUAGAUGAAACUCAAUAUUUUCAUUGCAACAAGUCACAAGUAAGAAAAGUAAUAUCUGGUGUAGUUGGUGCGGCUUCAAGUGUUACAUCUGUUCAAGUAGCAAAUUUACUAAGACUUUUCAAGAUACCUCAGGUUUCAUUUUGGUCAACAAGUCCUGAACUAAGUAAUAAACAACGUUUCGAGUACUUCACACGAACUAUACCAUCAGAUCUUUACCAAGUAAAGGUAAUGGUAGAAAUUGUUCGGAGACUUGGCUGGAGUUACAUAUCAAUUAUAUACGAAGAGUCCAGUUAUGGCAUUAAAGCUUUUGAAGAAUUAGAGAAAUUGAUGCCCAAGUACAAUAUUUGUAUUGCUGUAAAGGAAAAACUAGUAAAAGAUUCAGGCGUGGCAGAAGAAAAAGCUUAUGAUGAUAUUGUUAUUAAGCUUCUCAGCAAACCAAAGGCUAAGGGAGUUAUAGUUUUUGGAUCAGACCAAGAGGUAGUGAGUUUAAUGAAAGCAGUAAGGAGAAAUAAUGCUACUGGAAAUUUUUCAUGGAUCGGAUCAGAUGGAUGGAGUGCAAGAGAUAUGGUAUCUGCUACAAAUGAAGCUGAAGUAGAAGGAUGUUUAUCCGUUCAACCUCAAGCUAAUCCUGUCAUUGGAUUCGAAGAGUACUUUUUAGGACUCACUGUAGAAAAUAACAAAAGAAAUCCCUGGUUUACUGAAUUUUGGGAAGAACACUUUCAGUGUCGUUAUCCAAGAAGUAUGGGAACACCGUACAACUCUAAUUAUUCAAAUGAAUGUGAUUCUAAGUUUCAUCUUAGAGAAAAAAUACCAAAGUUUGAAAAUCAAUUACAAUUUGUCAGUGAUUCUGUACUAGCAUUUGCACAUGCAUUGUACAAUAUGCACUUUGAUCAUUGUGGUCCGAAUUUUGUUGGUUUAUGUGAUGCUAUGAAACCUGUUAAAGGACCUGAACUCUUAAUGUACCUCAGAAAAGUAAACUUCACAGGUCUUACGGGUGAUAAUUUUCACUUCGAUGACAACGGGGACGGACCUGCCCGUUAUAAUAUCAUCCACUUCAAACAGAUAGAGCCGGGUAUUUUUAAAUGGAUCAAAGUCGGUGUGUACUCGGACGGUAAACUCAAUCUCAACAUGUCCGAAAUGCGAUUCAAAACGGACACAUCAAAUCCACCGGAAUCCAUUUGCAGUUUGCCAUGCCAAAAAGGCCAAGCUAAGCAGUAUCUGGAGGGCGAAAAAUGCUGUUGGCAUUGUUUCAACUGCACACAAUACCAGAUCCGUUCACCCACCGACGACACCAGAUGCGAAGUUUGUCCCGAGGGCACGUUACCCGACAGUAAUCGUCAACGAUGUUUGGAAAUACCGGAAGCAUUUUUACAAGCUGGGAGUAGUUGGGCUAUUGGGGCGAUGACACUGUCAGUGGCAGGUGUUGCCAUCACUUUGCUAGUGGUUUCCGUGUUUAUCAAGCACAAUCAUACACCGAUCGUAAAAGCCGCUGGCAGGGAAGUUUCGUAUGUACUUUUGUCCGGGAUACUGCUAUGCUAUCUCAUCACGUUUGUACUCGUACUCAAACCAACUGACAUUGUAUGCGCUGUACAAAGAUUCGGUGUUGGAUUCUGUUUCACCGUUGUGUAUGCUGCAUUAUUAACGAAGACGAAUCGCAUAUCACGCAUAUUUAACGCUGGACGACGAACUGUUAAACGUCCUAAAUUUAUAUCACCAAAAUCACAAUUAGUCAUCUGUACAGGGCUCAUAUCAAUACAAGUACUCAUCAACGGCGUGUGGAUGCUGGUCAGCCCACCAAAGGUUAUACACUAUUAUCCUAGCAGAGAAUCGAAUAUACUAGUCUGCUCGUCGUUCAUCAACACAUCGUACGUGAUAGCGUUCGGAUACCCAAUAGUGUUGAUUGUCGUGUGCACCGUAUACGCUGUGCUCACCAGAAACAUUCCUGAAGCUUUUAACGAGUCUAAGCACAUCGGUUUCACGAUGUACACAACAUGUGUCAUAUGGCUCGCAUUCGUUCCACUAUAUUUUGGCAUUGGCAACCACACUCCUCUAAGAAUAACUACCAUGUCAGUAACCAUUAGCUUAUCCGCUAGUGUAACUAUAGUUUGCCUAUUCUCUCCAAAGUUGUAUAUAAUUUUGUGUCAUCCGGAACGAAACGUGCGUCAAAGUAUGAUGCCAAAUAUGAAGUUAACGGGCACUAAAACAUUUACAACAUCGAAUACAAAUGCAUUUUGUAACAAUUCAACAAGACGGCGCAGCUCAUUAGCAUAUAAAGAUUCCAGUACGGAUAUGCAUAUCAGUUUGGAAAAUCGAAAACAAGUUUUCGAACAAGCCGUACAAACAGAAGAGACGAGAAUCGUAUCGGGAUCGUAAUCGACAAACAAUUUCGAACGUAUAAUAUCUUUUCUUUACCCAACCCUCGAAUGGAAAGCAUAAAGGUAUAAGACAAGACUGAAACAACUGUUAUGUUCUCCGGAUGUUUUAUAAACUUGUCAAAAUCUCAAAAGCGUAUAAUAACACUAAAAUAAUAAUAAUACUAUACUUUAAUAACAAUAUA